ACCCUCUUCACACAACAAAAAUGUCUUCUUCUUCUUCUUCUCCUUCCUCUUCUUCAUCCUCUAUUCCUCUGCACAAACAUCCUUCAGACCCAAAGCCCUAUUCCUUCCUGUCUCCAAGGACCCUUCAACUCUCCAAUACAUCACCCGCAUCAAGCAAAGAACUCCUCUCGUCCCCGUUAAACUAACCCUUGAUCUCGGCGGUGAGUUUCUCUGGGUGGACUGUGAACAAGGCUAUGUCUCCUCUUCCUACAAGCCUGCCCCCUGUAACUCUGCUCCUUGCUCCCUCGCAAAGUCCAAAUCUUGCGGCGACUGCUUCUCCAGUCCUAAACCCGGCUGCAACAAUCAAACCUGCAGCCUCCUCGCAGCCAACACCGUCACACAGAGCGGUACAAUAUUGGGGAGCCUGCUCAAGAUGUUGUAGCGGUGCAGUCUACAAAUGGAAAGACACCCGUGUGAAGGGAAUUGCUGGUUUGGGAAGAACCAGAGUUUCUCUUCGGUCGCAAUUCGCCGAAGCCUUUAGCUUCCAUAGGAAAUUCGCAAUCUGUUUGAUUUCUUCCACCGGUGUUGUAUUUUUCGGAGAUGGACCUUAUGUUAUGCUUCCAGGAAUUGACGUUUCCAAACACUUAAUCUACACUCCGCUCAUUCUGAAUCCAGUAAGCACGGCGCCGGCUCCCUUGGAAGGCCAGCCCUCUACCGAAUACUUGAUCGGAUUGAAGGCUAUCAAGAUCAACGACAAAGUUGUGUCUUUGAACAAAGCCUUACUCUCCAUUACUAGAGAAGGCCGCGGCGGCACCAAGAUUAGCACCGUCACUCCCUACACAGUGGUGGAAACUUCCAUCUACAACGCCUUGGUGAAAACUUUCCUCAAGGAAAUGCUCCCUCUCCCUAGAGUUCCAUCCGUCGCGCCAUUUGGGGUCUGCUUCAACGCCACCGGCAUCCCUAGCACCCGCAUGGGACCACCAGUGCCGACGAUCGAUCUUGUGCUGCAGAGCAACAGCGUGUUCUGGAGAAUUUUCGGUGCAAACUCGAUGGUUUGGGUUCGGGGCGACGUAAUUUGUUUAGGAUUUGUUGACGGCAGUUCUGAGGUGACCACAUCAAUUGUGAUCGGAGGGCAUCAACUGGAGGACAACCUUCUGCAAUUUGAUCUGGCGGCGUCGAGGCUUGGAUUCAGUUCUUCUCUGCUUUUCCGACGAACGACAUGUGCUAACUUCAUUUUCACUUCUUCUGCUUAAGUAGGAAAGCAAAUAUUAUCAAGUUUGAGCAGAAGAGUUUAAUUUCCUAAUUUCCCACGCAACUCAACUUAAAAUUAAUCAAAUUGUAAUAUAAUUUUUAAAUAUGA